GCGAAAAAUUGGGAGAAAAAUCGUUUAAGGAAGCACGUCCAUUUCCACCAGCCGGUUUAUACAUAGAUGGCAGUGGAAUUAUCUACGGAGACAUCAACAACGGAAAUAAUAAUUCUUUUUCCGAAAGUAAUCUACCAUUAAAAGAAAAGACAAAUUACGGAGAAGGAUUAUUGACUUCUCUAAAUAAG